GCCAGGCAUGUUCGCGCAGCGAAGGCAACAAGGACGGGGCAGAAACAGCUCGUUCCUUGUCCCGCCCUCGCACCGUUGCCAGCCAGCAGCAUGCCCGCUGCAGACAAAAAGACAGAGGCGAAGCGUGUCGCCAUUAUCGGCGCAGGCAGCGCUGGCCUCGCCGCCGCGAACGAGUUCUGCGCCGUCUCAUCUGCACACGCUGAGGCGGGCCCGCGCAUUCAGUACGCCGUAACGCUCUAUGAGCGCCGCCCACGCGUCGGAGGAAUCUGGCUGUACGACCCCCAUCCAGGCGCCUGCCGCCUCGUCUUUGACCCGCACGGGACGCCCGCCGUCACCUGGGCGCCAGCUCAUGCAUAUGGAAACGACGAUGAAGAAGUAGGGGGAUACGAGCUCAAGCACCGAUCGCCGGGGCCCAUGUACGAAGGCUUGCGAACCAACAUUCCGUCGGACCUGAUGGCGUACCGCGACGCGCCGUUUCCAGAGGGAACGCCACUCUUCCCGCCGCGUGCCGUCGUGCAGUCCUACCUCGAGGAGUUUGCGCAGCGCGUCCUCGGCACUAGCCGCGUCGACGUCCGGCUGAACACGCGCGUCGCGCAGGUCUACCGGCUGCCUGCGGAGGACGACGCGCCCUCGUCCCCAUCGCGCUGGGUGGUUGAGAGUGAGGCGCCGGCUGAGUGUCAUCCAAGCGGCGAGCACCCAGCGCCCGAGCGCAGGCGCGAAGAGUUUGAUCACAUCGUGCUCGCAUCAGGCCGCUGCAAUACGCCUUCAAUACCGUACAUCCCGGGCCUGUGGAACUGGACUGGUCAGGUCCUGCACAGCGCCUGGUACCGCACGCCGUACGACUACAAGGGCAAGAACGUCCUCGUGCUUGGUAACAUGUCGUCCGGCAUGGACAUCUGCCGCGAGCUUGUCGGCAACGCGGCGCGCGUCCUCCCCGCGCCGACAGCCGCUGAGCCUCCAUACGCCGGCGCCGACGGCGCCGCGCACAUGCGUGCAGCGACGGAAGCAUGGCGCAACGGCGCGGGGACGCUCGCGCACGGUGGGAGUGUGACACAGAGCGUGAUCGACAUUGACGCACCACCGCCGCUCGACUAUGACCCGCGCGAUGCGGCGAGCCCCGCGUGGAGCCGGCUCAUCCGCGUCGUCCCGCGCAUUGCGCGCAUCGACGCGGCACGCAUCUACCUUGUCGAUGGAAGCGUCCUUGACCAGAUCGAUGUGAUCAUCUUUGCAACCGGCUUUGCCUACGACUUUCCAUUCCUCGACCAGAGCAAGCCGCCGUUCUGCUCGCAUCCGCUCGUCCCGAUGCCACCGCCUCGCGAGCUACUCACAGCGGCAGACGCAGCCGCGCUGCGCGCGCGGGUGCAUGCACCCUUCCGGCGGCAAUGGCCGACGGCGCCGGCCCUGGCGAACUUGGACGACUGGCAGCUUUGCUAUCGCUUCGACGGCUCGCUCGCCGUCCUCGGCGCGCCUGUACGCAUCGUCCCCUUCCCGUUUGCACAAGUCCAAGCGCGCUACCUCGCGCAGCAUUGGGCCGGCCGUGCACCACCGCUCACCAAGCUCGACCCGCGCUUCCCACCGAAUGACCCGGCGCGCUGGGUAUCUCCGCUGCCGCCCGGGGGGGCCGAGGCACCACCAGACACGCUCAUGCUGCACGACAUGGGCACGCCGAGCGACACGGCGUAUACAAACGGUCUCCUGCGCCACUUUGUCCCGCCGGAGGAUGUCACGCUGCCAGAGUGGGACGCUACAUUCACGCAGGCGAGCGACGGCAAGGGCGGCGGAGCGCCCAGGGGCCCCGAGGGAUGGCGCUUGCUGCCCACGUGGCGCCAGCAGCGGCGGGCCAACGGUACGCUGCUCAGGAGGGAGGAGCUGGGAUUUUGAUACGCGCCGCUGCCGUGCUGCCAACGUAAGCAUCAGUGAACUUGACAGGCAGCAAUCGUAAGAGUAUAGAAAAAGUAGUCACACCCAUCCAACAAUCAUGACUCGGCCAGUGACUUUUUCA